UGCGUUUUUUUUCGACCAGCUGAAGCUACUGAUAAAGAAGUACUUAAAAUUCUAUAUGGUAAUGGAUGUAGUGCAUCCAUUGGAUAUAGUACAAAUUAUCAAAAAACACUUAAUUUACAACAAAGUGGAUGUUUUCAUAAUGGUAUUAUUCAACAUGAACUUACUCAUGUUCUUGGUUUUUUCCAUGAACAGUCACGACCCGAUCGUGAUUCAUUUAUAACAGUAAAUCAUGCAAAUAUUAAUCCUGGACAAAUACAUAAUUUUGAAAAACAUGCAUGGGGAGUUGAUGUAGGAUAUCACGAUACUAGCUACGAUUAUGGAAGUUUGAUGCAUUAUGACCGAAAUUCUUUUUCCAUCAAUGGUAAACCAACAAUUACACCAAUUCAAAAUAACGUAGUUAUUGGUCAAAGAGAAAAACUUAGUUCAACCGAUAUUUUAGAAAUUCGACGUUAUUAUGGAUGUUAA